AUGGGUGCUAAGCAGAAUGCCACUGCGUCGGACGUCGAUUCGCUGAAGAAGCUCCUUUCAGGAACUGGUGCCCAAGUCUUUGGUCCUUCAGACGAUGGCUACUCAGCCACAGUCGAACGAUGGUCGAGAGCAGCAGAGAAGCCUGCUGGGGUAUCUGUUGUGCCAACCACAGCGGAGGAGGUGUCCAUCGCUGUGAAAUAUGCGACCGAGCACGAUUUGGAUCUCGCUGUCAAGGGCGGCGGUCACUCCACCGCAGGCGCCAGCAGCACCGACGGCGGAGUACUGAUCAAUCUUAGCAAGAUGCGUAACGUCAGUGUGGACGCCGAUAAGCAAUUACUGCACGUCCAAGGUGGCUCUCUAUGGCACGACGUUGAUCAAGCAGCCUGGAAGCAUGGAUUGGCAACCGUAGGAGGCACUGUCGCAGACACUGGCGUUGGCGGUCUUACUCUUGGCGGCGGCUACGGCCAUCUUACAGGCUCCCGUGGUCUCGUCAUCGACAAUGUCGUCGGUGCUACUGUGGUGCUUGCCAACGGAGAUAUCGCCAAAGCGAGCAAAGAUCAGAAUGCGGAUUUGUUCUGGGCUUUGCUAGGAGCGGGACAGAACUUUGGGGUGACCACCGAAUUCGUUCUGCAAGCGUACCCACAAGGCGAAGUCUUCGCAGGCAUGAUGGUCUUUCCUCCCACACCUGACAAUAUCGAGAAGAUCGUUGCUACAGCAAACGAUUUGUACACCGUGAAAGACGGUCCCAACGGUCCUGAGACCAAAGCGAAAGGCCGAUGUGGCUCACUCCUCGCACUUGCAAAGCCGCCCCCUGCAGAGGGUCACACCAUGAUCCUCGUAUUAUUCUCAUUUUUCGGUACGGAAGAAGAGGCCAAGGAAGUCCUGAAGGGCUUCUAUGACAUCGGACCUUUUCAAAACACAGCCGCGAUGCAGCCAUACCCCAAGGUCAACGACCUGGUCCCAGCCGUCAUCGGCAUGCGAAGCAGCAUGAAAGGCGCCGCAUUUGUCCUCCCAAUUCGAGCAGAAUUCGUGAGCAACGUCAUUGCCAAAUACGAUGAAUUCCUCGGAUCGAAUCAAGAUGCGGCACCGAGCUUGAUCGCAUGGGAGCUGUACGAUCCCGUCAAGGUGACUGAACUUGAUGCCGGCAGUUACGCAAACCGAGGCUACCAUCUCAACGGCUUGGUUAUGCCGACAUGGGGCAGCAAGGAGAACGACCAGGCCUGCAGGCAAUGGGCUCGAGACGUUUCGAACUUGUUCAAAGAGGAACUUCAGGCUCAUGGUGAGGAGCCUGGCAAGGGUAUUGAGCGUGUUGUGGGGAGGAGAGGCCAUAAGGGUGCCGUGAUGCUGUACGGCAACUAUGAUCAAUACGAUGAGAUUUCGAAAGACAUCUUCGGCGAGAACUAUGAGCGGUUGCAGCAGAUCAAAGCCAAGUACGAUCCGACCAACAUGUUCAAUAAGUUGUUCGCCAUCACACCGGCGCCGGCAAAGCUAUAA